AUGGAUGAAGAGCCACAGUUAGUACAUGUAGAGCUUAUAACUGAAUAUUCUAAAGGUACAACUUCCAUGAUGAAGCAAUUCGGAAGCCUCGGAUGGUCAACUGCUGCGUAUCCUCUCUUGGCUCUCGUCGCUUUGUCUCCGACUGACCAAGAGAUUCCAAUGGCUCAGCUUAUGACCUGUUUUCGGCCGCUCGGGCCCGAUAGUAAUAGCAGAGAAGGUAUGAUUUAUACAAAAAUGAUAUCGCACGCAUCUGGUGCAUUGCUUUUGGCGCUUCUACCUGUGGUAAUUGCGCAUGGAGGUGGUGAAAGUGUGGACAUGGGCAUGGGAAUGGGCCAUGGCGGCAACACAACCACACAACCGCCCAAAGACGAGGACUAUCCCGAUACAUACUUUGCGCAUACUGAACAUACGGGAGUUAUUUACACCCAUAUCGCAUUAAUGGUUCUUUCUUGGGUUUUUAUUCUACCAAUUGCCGUCAUGUUCUCUCUGGCAAACUCUCGCUUUACACUACCGGCGCAAUUUGUCUUCCUAGCUACAAAUGCUCUUGGAGUCUUGGUCGGCGUGGUAUACAAUGCCCAGACCCCAGACUUGUAUCCAAACAAUGCGCACCACAAGAUUGGCUGGAUCGUGACUUGGGUCGUUUGCGCCCAGGUCCUUGUAAGUGCUGUAGGCUGUAUCGCGGGAGUUCUCAAGGGCAAAGGAAAGACGUCGAGCAACGAGAGACAUGCGUUUCUACCUGUUGCGACACGAGAAGCCGACUACUCUUCGCACAAUGGCUACCACAGUGACAGCCCCUACCGAAUUUCCAACGACAGUGGUCGAGGAACCGAACCAAACACACCUUCGCUUCGAAGCGACUCAGCAUCUACUCUCAAUGGCUUGGAAUCGCCUGUCAACAACCCCAGGAAGGAGUACGAAGACGACGAUGGUGGCCUGGAGGAAUUGUCACUAGCCUCUCCUGAACCUCAGGGAACAUUUGCUCGUCACGCCUCCAAGAUUGCUGCUUCGCGAGUAUGGAAGUAUCUCAACAUUGGUCGCUGCAUAGUCGAUCGCAUUAUCCUUCCUUUCGGCUUCAUUGCGCUUGCUACUGGUGUUGUCACCUUUGGUCGCUUCUUUGAGGGGGGCGGAAUCUUCAAUGGUUUGGCGCAUUGGAUCAAGGGCGGCGUCUUCUUCUGGCUAGGCAUCUUCACUCUUGGUCGCUGGACUGGCAGCUUUGGAGAGCUUGGCUGGGCAUGGAAUGUUCGCCCAAGGAAGAACUCCCAGAAGUGGCGUCCUUCCGCUGAGUUCGUCGAGAGCUUCUUGAUCUUCUUCUAUGGUGCUACCAAUAUCUUCAUGGAGCACCUUGGCGGCUGGGGAGGAGACUGGACCGCCCAGGACAUGGAGCACAUCUCCAUCACGGUUCUGUUCAUUGGAGGGGGCUUGUGCGGUAUGCUCAUCGAGUCGACACGCAUUCGCCAUCUUCUCAACACAACCGUGGACCAAGUUCAACCCAAGAGCCCUUACUCGGUCGAAGAAGCAAACGAAUAUGAGUCUCCUGACACAUACGAGUUCUCGCUCAACCCCAUACCAGCUUUGGUCAUCAUGCUGCUUGGACUCAUGAUGAGCUCCCACACACAGCAUACCAUGAUGUCCAGCAUGGUUCACAAGCAAUGGGGUGAUCUCCUUCUAGGAGCUUCCCUUGCUCGAGGUUUGACCUACUUCGUCAUGUACCUGAAGCCACCAAAGUCCAUUUUCCCAUCACGACCCCCCACGGAACUCCUGGCUGCUUUUGGAUUGAUCGCUGGAGGCAUCAUCUUCAUGGCUAGUAGCACUGAUACUGUCGACGGAAUGAUCCACUACGAACUCGACGCCAUGUUCAUGUACACUGUCACCAUGGGCCUGGUCGCCCUCUUGAUGGCCUGGGUCGUUAUCGUCCUCGCCAUCAAGGGAUGGGCUGUGCGACUCGAACGACGUCUCUGCUUACGCGUCCCCGUCCUUGGCCUUUGGUGCAGCCACCACUCUCUUCUGGUCCUCAGGAGAGAAAAGACCCGCACCCUGUUGCAGAGCGUGAACAAGGAAAGGGAUGGAAUCGGCCUUGAAGUCCUCCGCGUUGCGAACCUUGUCAAGGUCUUCUGAGAGCUCUUGUGUUGCGCGUUGGAGGUAGUAGGAUGUAAACUCCGGUGAGGACUGGUUGGUAGGCUUGGAAGACAUUUUGAUGUGUUUGAUGGAGAGUAGCCGGAUUGCUCUGAUUUGACCAGUCGUAGCGAUGCGAUUGUUGAGG